AUGCAUCAAUGCGGUUAUGUGGUGCUGAUAGUUCAUCUUUUAUCGUACGAGCUCAAAAUGCAUCAAUGCGGUUAUGUGGUGCUGAUCAUUCAUCUUUUAUCGUACGAGCUCAAAAUGCAUCAAUGCGGUUAUGUGGUGCUGAUAGUUCAUCUUUUAUCGUACGAGCUCAAAAUGCAUCAAUGCGGUUAUGUGGUGCUGAUAGUUCAUCUUUUAUCGUACGAGCUCAAAAUGCAUCAAUGCGGUUAUGUGGUGCUGAUCAUUCAUCUUUUAUCGUACGAGCUCAAAUGCAAAAAGAAAGAAAAUUAA